UCUUUGUUUCAUUGCGUACAUUUUUGUCGUCGGAGAUAAUGGCGCUAGUGUGAGGUCUUCUCCAUGAAGUUUCAAUCUAUGUACAGAUUGAUGUAAUAUGUUUGCAAGCCGACUGUGCCGUACUGUGUAAUGUAAAGAAAUCGAUUGACCUUUAGUGAAACGCCGAUUGUUUACUUAAAACACCGUUUUUCUAUUGUUAUUAUGUGGUAUUAGAGAAAAACUUGUAUACGUGUCUUUAUAGUAUGUGUUUCGAGAAAUAAAGAUUUCCUAAGAGAUGCUUGAUGCCGGGCACUGAACUCAACAAUAGGCCGGUGCCGGCAGAUCAAUUUUCGGCCUGCAACGAGGAGUCUCAACUAGAGCUACACCUCCAAAGGCAAUUGGAGGACGAUAUCGCGAGAAUUUUUGACGAAUCUAUAUACUCUGAUCUUGAAGUGGUGUGUGGCAAACUAAAGAUACUAACUCAUUCUUGCAUUUUAAAAGCACGCACUGAUAAGUUUUAUCACCAAUUACAUACAAUUUUGCAUGUGAACAUUGAGCGCAAUACGUUCGAUGAGAUAUAUUCUUUCAUAAGUGAUGUGUAUACUGAAUGCAACAUUCAACAUGAAGAAAAAGAAAUAAUUACUUACCUGAAACGCAAUUUAAAUGUCGUAGAACCUGUCCCUGAUAAGGCUAACCCGACCAAGGAGGAAGGUGAAGAAUCUGAGGUUUACUCCACGCCAAAGUGCAUUACCCCAUAUGUAGAUAAUGACGUCCAGAAAGUAAUACAUUCUAGUCCAAGUACUGAGUUAACAAAAGAAUAUUAUGCGUUAGUCCCGAUUGAAGGGAAUUUACUUGAAAAGGAACUUACCGAACAGGAUGAACUCUCUAAUGCAUUUCAAUCUAUAAAAAAAGGUCAAUCGGACGAUACAAGUCAAGUAAAAAUUUUUCUACUCAACAAGCCAACUUCGCUGUACCUUAAUUCUAGUCAUACUUCCAAAACAGUCAAACAUUCCAGUAGUUGUGAUAUUUUGAAUAAUAUUUCUUUAAAAGAUCCAAAACAAGAAAACAAUCUGCACACAGUCGCUGAUAAAGACUUUAAAACUAAUCGGACCUUACCGUCAAGUGAUAUUACUGAACUCGUUACUACUAAGAAUUUAAAUAAUCCUAAUCUGGGCACAGAUAAGCCGGUAGAUCCUCCUUAUUCGCCAGAUAGCUUAAUAACGGAUGAACCUAGUUCUUCUUCAGAUUAUUUGUCUGCCGCAUACACAUUUUCUCCAGGCGCUAGUUCGUCUGGUUUCCAGCAUCAAGUAAAUGUUGAAAGUACCGCAUCCAAGAUGGAAAAUAUUUACACGUUGUCCGAUUCGGGCUUGGAAGAUACAGCAAUGUUGGGUAGCGUCACAAGUAGUCACAAGGACGUUACUGUAACAAAUAUAUCUUUAUCUGAAAAUACUCUUCAAGAUUUAAUUACCGACGAUGCAAGUAUCUCUACAAUAUCCAUUCCCAGUUCUUUAACCGGGGUAAACAACUUACAGCGUUCGAAACAGAGUGGCACAUCUUUUGAGAGAGAUUGUAAUGGUCAGAGUACCCAUACCGAUAUGUGUGGUAAAUCAAUAAAGGAAGAAAAACAGAGACAAAACGAAGAGAUUGUGAUACUAGAGUCGUCGUCGCUUUCUUCAGAAACGGGCUCUUGGGAGUCUGUGUAUCCUCCAAAAUUGGUUGAAAAAGAGAUCUGUGAAAAAUUUCUGAACAAUGAGCGCCAGCAAUGUUUUGAUUCCCCUAAUAUGGUCCACAAAUCACCUUUGAAAUCAACCGCCUGUUUUAUUGAUGCUUCUAGCUUAGUUGAUGAAGAUGAAUCGAUUGAAUUAAUUAAACAGGAUAACGUCAAACUAGAUAUUUUACCUACCCCCAGCCAACCAGUGCCGUGCUCCACAGUUAAACAAGACAUCAGUCCAGUUGAUUGGUCAGAAAGUAACGACAAUGAAGAUUCCUUGGAAAAAAAAGAUCCAGAUUCGAUACAAAAAGAUUUAUCUCCGACCAUUUUUGAAAUGACACCAAUUACAGAAGAUUCUUUGAGUACAAAUCAGUUUGAAUCUGCUGCACAGGUGGCAGCGGCAGAAGCUGCAGAAGAGACUUCAAGCUUCAUAUCAGAAAAAGAAAGAUCGCUUAAAGUUAGCGCUGUUUUCAUGUCCAGUACACCAAAUAACUCAAUGUUGUCAUUCACAAAUCAAAUCUUUAAGCAGUACGAGUCUGAAGAUAGCGAAAGCACCGUUACUAUUGUUGAUUCCGACAGCUUUACAAUGAAACAAACAAAAGGCAGUCAUUCGCCACCCAUCCUAUCGGGAGGAGUGUCUGUAGAAGAUCAUUUACCUCAAGUAGGCGCAAGCUUACCCCUAUCGGAAAAUGUUCAAGCAAAGCCGAGAACAAGUUCAGCGUCGGCAUGGGUUGUUGACAUGUCAAAUUCAUCGAAAACAGACGAGAAUUCCGCCAACCAUUCGAAACAACAACAUUCAAAUGCAAAUUGUAAAUCGUCCGAUGAUUCAAGCGAAAAGAAGAAUAUGUUUUCUAUGUAUAUAGAUCUCGGUGAUAGAUCGACUUUAAAAGAUAUGCCGACUCGAUUAGCUUCGUCAAAGCAUACGAAGAAGAAUUCCGUCGGGGUUGACAAUAAGUCAACUGCUCGGAAUUUUAAAACUGCAGCAGCAGCAGCUGAUGCGAGUGUGUCUAUUUUUGAGAAAUAUGAAUCUUUAUGCAACGACCCUAACAUCAGUAUUUCAGAAAUUAUUUCCAUUCCUGAAAAAAAUGAGCCUGUUCCAGAGAUCUUAGAAGAUAGUCAUGCAGAAGUUACUCCCAAAGUCCACCAAUCACGUCUGAAUAAAACAAGUGAUAAAAUGACUAUAAACAAUGAACUACCCGAACCUUCAACCGAAGUUCAGUCUAAAGAUUUGUUUGUGAAACUGUCAGACUUAGAUAAGCCAGUGCAAAAAUCGGAUGUAUUGCUAUCAGUAGAGAAAAAAAGUGUAGAUGUGCGCAUGACAAGAUCUAUACCGGAUUGGGGUGAACAAGCAUUUUUAACAAACUCGAGAUCAAUAGAGGUUAUAACUUCCUUUCAUUCGGAAAAUGCGUUAAGCUUGAACAGGUUGUUUCCCCAUUUAAAAAAUGAAUUCAGUAGAAGCAUGCCAGGGUCUCUGUCUAGCAGAACUCGAUCACCGUUAAGGUUGGGUACAUCCAGCACCCUCGGCGAUGGCGACGAGCAAGGCUCGGAUAUGUCGGAAUUGAGUAGUAUGCAGAGCAGCAACUGUCGAUCCGGAUUCGGGAACAGUACUACGGAUAGUCAAACAUCAAGUUUAAUUGAAAAUUGUACAUCACGGCUCGGCCAAGAUUUGCUAAGGAUGUUUUUGGAUGAAAUAGCUCCUGAUGUUAUUGUUGAAGUAUCGGGGAAACGGUUUAAAGCACACAAGUGUAUUUUGUCAUCCAGAUGUCAGUACUUCGCGGGGAUUUUAGGCGGUGGGUGGGUUGAGAGCCUAGGCAACGUCAUAGUGCUUCCACCGUUUUCGUACAACGUAGUGUAUUUCGCUCUGUGUCACAUAUACUCCGGUCUUGCCACAAUCCCUGACUCCUUGAGCAUCUUAGAGCUGGCAACGAUCGCCGAUAUGUUAAGUUUGGAAGGUUUAAAGGAAGCGAUCAUGUUUACGCUCAAAGCCAAAUAUUGCCACCACUUUCAUAAGCCUUGCGUUGUCUGCAUUGUGGGUGUACUGGAAUGUUUCCCCUUGUGUGCCGUGUAUGGCUUGGACGAUUUGUACCACAAAUGCAUAAAGUGGAUCACGAAGCACUUCACUAAAGUGUGGCCCACGAAGGCAUUCGCGACCUUACCCACGGAUCUGCUGGACAAGUGCCUCCAACAUCACACGGUUAAUUUGACUGUAGAUAAUGUUGUGGAAACCGUGUACGGGUGUGGUAUUACAGCGGCCUCGUUACAGAACAGCCGCUGGGCAGAGAGUGUUGCGCGCCUGUGUCGCCGGCUCAUCAGCUCGGCCGCGCACUUCGCUAGCAACAAGCUCACCGCCGUCUUCCAGGCUAUCCCGCCCUUGCCUGCUGAAUCUCCUCAUGCCGCUAAGCAAGCGUUAGAAGAUUUUCUUGCAUCUGCCAUAGAGUGGGCGGGUGCUGAAGAACUCUGUCGAGCAUAUGGUUUUCUCAAUACAGUGGUGAAGGAAAUUCGCAACAGCCACUAUUCUAAACCCGAUUUAAUCAGCAACGGCACUGAAAGUCGUAAAAAUUUCGGCGCAAAUAACCCGCUGUACAUGUACGCAGGCAGCUGGCGUAUGCAAUGCGAGGGUGCGCUGGUGAGGGCGUCCCCGCGCGUCGUUACAACACAAGCUUUUAAGAACUUACCAUCUGAUUUACGUAAAAGAUUGCGGGAACUUGGUUGUAUCAAGUAUGGCGCGCAUGCAUUGCCUCUAGCUUCUCCUACUCACCACCAGGAGAAAAAUAUUAAAUCAAUUAGUGCGUCCAAAACAAAAAAACCUAUGACGCCCAAGGCUCGCAUUAUCGACAUUGCACACGUGCGCGCAUUGUUCGUGCCGUACUCACCCAAACCGGUAAUCCCAGGCGGAUCCGUCGACACGCUCAAGAGCAACAACGAUCUACGAGAUAUCAAGAAACCAACUCACCCACCAAAAGUGAGGACUACUAAAGCUCAAGAAGAACGGGCAAAGUUUAAUAAAACUAAAACCUCCUCCACGACCUCCCAGGACCGUUUAAAUACUAAGCCGAGUGGAGUGCGACCACCAUCCUUUGAUAAAACGAAGGCUCGGUAUUUAGAGACUAAAAAUAAGGAAAGGAAGGUUGUUAAUAAGCACUUGCCGAAGAUCGAUUCGUCGAGUGAGUCGUCUCGGAACUCGAGCCCGGUGCAGGCCCGGCGCCUGGCCGCCAUGUCGCACGACAGCCUGGCGUCGCGGCCGCGCACCGCCGAGCCCUCCACCGACUCGCUGACGGAGUCGCUCACCUCCAACAAGCACGUCGCCUCCAACAAGUACGCCACCUACACCAAGACCAGGCACUGCAAGGGCUCUUCCGAAUCAAUCAAACAAAAAAAUGAAAAUAAUGGUGCGGCCCCUGCAGCUAGUAAAAUGAAAACCAAGAUACCGGUGUAUUUAAACCAAGUACCAAAAAAGGGGAUGGAAAAUCGUAACUCUAGAGACCAACAGAAACGGGGCAGGCUGGUACCAGGCGCCGCAAAUAACUUGCCGAACAGCAGAUCUAGCGACCGCAAAGUCCCGGGCUCUCUGAUGAACGCUACCAAGUCCAGCUCUGCGAAGAUGGUUCCCAAGGUAGUGAAAGAGGCAGUAAAAACUAGUAACAUGUCGAAGAGCGCGAGGAGUGGGCAGGCGAGCAAGCAGCACGAGGAGAAGGCAGGCCCGGCGCCUCGGGAGCUCGCCGCCAUUCCCGCCAUGGAACGAUCUGGAACGUUCCUCAAGGACGAACCCACCUUCGGCGACAAAAUAACCAACUUAGACAUCUCACAAUGAAAACCUUCACUAAAAUUACACAAAUUUAGCAAAUUCUAUCAUAUAACUGAGUAGUAGAACUCUAUAAUCUAAGCAAUAUGCAUAAUAUAUUACUAUUUUGGCUUGGUUAUAACCGAACUUUACAUUGUGUCCUGCUUAUUGAUAGAUCAGUUAUGCGCAAUGGCAAUGUCACAACUAACUGAAGUUUUAUUUAUCAUAGAUUUAUAUGACUCUGGGGAGUAUUUACGAUUGAAGUUUGAGCUGAAACUGUGACGGGGGAGCUCUUAAUACUCGAUAACUUAUCACUGGAUAGAAGUAAUGCUGCAAUAACCGAUUCGCAAAAUUUUGAUUUAAAGUGAGAUUAUUUUUGGGGAGAAAGAUUAAUAAAAUAAAAAAGAGGUACUUAUCCGUGUUCGAUGUAUUGAGUUAUGGCACAAAUCAUCAGCUCCUUCACCCCGAAGUCAGUAAAUCAAAGCUACGGCCCUUCACAAGUAAACUAGUCUUCAUACUACAAUAAUAAUACUUCUAUUGAAAAUAAGGAAUAUAUUUAGUUUAAUUUAUUCUCAUAAUUUAUUUUAAUUAUUAAGGAAUGUUAUUGACAUAUAUGUAUAUAUUUUGAAACGAAUCGACCACUUUUUUAUUUUGCAUGGCAUUUAUAGUGAGGCGAAAUAUAAUAUAAAUAUGUAACACUAGACAGGAAUGACUUGUCUGUUUGCAUUGAAUAUGCUCCGAAACUCCUGAACCUAUUUAGUAAAUUCUACAACUUUACAACUGAAUUUUUCUAGACGACGCUAAAUGUUUUUCUCUUAUAUGAAUCGUGCAAUAAUAUCACCGGCAAUUAAGAUUAGAAUACUUUUAAUCAUCAUCAGCCUAUCGCAGUCCACUGCUGGACAUAGGCCUCUCCAAGUGCACGCCACUGAGAUCGAUUUUCGGCUAAAGCAGCACAAAAAAUACUUUUAAUACCACCUUAAAAAAAUAUGAAAACUUUAAAGAUAAAAACAAGUAGAUUUGUAUGAUACUAGCCUAUUCGAUGCAAACAAACAAAUAUUUCCUAUUUAUUUAUUGGUAUGAAAUGAUGUGUUUGGAAAAUCGUAAUAAAUACAAUCAUAUUCAGAUAAAGUACUUAAUAAUCGCCUGUAUAUUUGUAAUGUAAAGUUUUGCUGGUGUUUGUAGGCAGUAGCGAUUAUUAAGAUCGUAUUUUCGUGGCCAUUCAAAAUAAUAUACACUAAAUCUACGUACUCUAGUGAAGUCAUAUUUAAUUACUGGCCGAUUUCUAUAAUGUACCUAUCCGUUGUUUUGCGAUCAGGGAUUGAAACUUUAUCGAUUUCUAAUCGCAAAUCGCCGGAAUGCUUAUACAAAUAUAACGUAAUAUUUUCUCUUGAAUUAUAGAAGAAUAGAGAAAGAUAAAUAUAUUUUUUAAUUAUUGACUGUAAAUGCUGUAAUGUAGUGUGUCUACUAUUUUAUUGUCACGUUUCUAAAUGUGUACUUAACAUUUGUAAUUUAUUCAAUAUUGAGUAUACCAUUGACCAUUUACCAUUUAUUAUAUUACGGAUAUGUAUCCGUAAUGGAAUUAUUUUCUGUAGCACGUCCCAGCUCAGUAUUAUGUAUAAAUAUUAUUAAGAAUACCCUCCGAAAACUAUAAGUAAAAUGUUUUAAUUUAUAAAUAUUUAUGUGAAAAAAGUUAUGUAAUUUCCUCAUUGUAAAGAUUUAACAAAAUUAUAUUAAUUCUACCUAGGCGUUAACUAAACGAAGUAAAAUAAGAAUUUACUCAAGGGAGAAUUACUUCAUUUCGCUUGCUAACUUUUUAUAAAAAAAAAACAUUAUUUUAUGUCCUUAUAAACUUUUUACUUCUUUUACUUGUUUUACUUCUCUUGAAAAUAUAAGUGUUUUGUUGUUUAUCUUAAUAACUUUUAUUUUAGUACAAUGAAUUACAGAAAGAUUUAAUCCUUAUGAUCAAAUCUAUCUGCAAGUGCCAUAAUGAAAAACAAAUUUUAGUGGGUGCCUGUAUAGUUUCUAAAAGAAAUCUAUUCAUAAAACAUUUUAGUUCUCCUUAGAGUAAAACCUUUUAUCGCCUUACUUAUGGUACUUUCUGUGGUGUUAGAUUUUUUUAACUCGUGUUAGUGAAAUUACUCAUAAAUAGGUUAAUAUAUGUGAAACUAUCCAAUUGUUUGUUGUAUUUUGUGAAUAAUUAUUUUAAAAAUGCUAUUUACUUGUGAAUAAGUAUUAUUUAAGCAUAUUUCGAGGUUCUUCUAAAAAGCUCUAUUUCUGUGGUCUCAUUUCAGGAUAUUUUUAUAUUCUUAGAUAUAGAAUGACUAAUAUUACGUCCCAUUCAAAUCAACGCUUAACUUAUUAGUCUGUCGGCUGGACCCAUGAAUUCGGCCUAAAUUUUCUUUAGUGUGUUAAUCUCUACAGAUAUUUAACGAGAGAUUAAGACAACUGAAGGAUCACUCAUGUUCUCAAAUAUAUACGAAUACGAAUUCACUUCUUCAUGAAUUCUCGAAAGCUAGGCCUUCUAUGAACUAGUUUUUACGAGAUAUUUUCCUCAGUUUCACUUGCAUCUUAAGAAAUUUAAAAACAAACCACCCUAGGGUAUACUUACGUCACUAGAACAUUAAACAAAAUUAUAUUAUAGAUUCAGGUGCGUGUCGAUUUAUCGGAUAGUUUAUCUAAUAUUGUAAUGGAUGUAGGAAUAAUACAUUGGAUAGUUGCUUGCGCUACUAUUUUCACAGACAACCCUAAUUUAAAUUUAUUUUGACCUGAUUCCACACAUAGAGUAGAACCAUUUUCAAUUUGUAGGUUAUGUUGUUUUCAAAAUCGGUAUAUGAAAAGUAUGCACGGUGGUCCCACAAAAAAUCCAUGUCAGUUGAGUAAAUAUAUGUAUUUCUAGCUCUGAAUAAGUUUGAGUAUCACGAUUUUAAUAAAGCUUUUGACAUAAGAACGCCAGAUGUAAUACAUAGUAAGGGUAUCUAAUAGAUAGUUUUUAAUAUUGUAACAUAAUCUUUUUGAAAGAGCAGUUCAAAAUUAGUCAUCAUAAUUCGUAUGAAGCUAAAAUUUAAUCUCCAAUCGUAAAACAGCGGAUGGAUUAUUGAAAUCCGCAGUUACUUGACGUCCGUCAGCAGGAACCAUUCAAAGGACAGAAUAAGAUGCUUUCAUUACUUUUAUUUAUAUAGAAUUUUAGAUGAUGGGACCACGGAUUAAGGUACGGCUUUUAGUCAGGUGAUAUGGUAUUCAUAGGCAAUUGUCAGUAAAUCCUGAUUAGUUUACUGCACAAUUCUUAUAUGGAAUGAAUUAAAUUAUUAUUUCAAUUUAUGCUAGCUAAUUAAUGUGUUAUUUAUUAAUUGUAAUACAUUAUGUUAUAUAUGGAUUUAAUUUAAAAAUGAUCUCAGUAAUGCACAGUAUUCAUUAAUUUGUUGGUCUUCAGGAGCAUUAGGCUGACUAUCAGCCAAGUAAUAGGUAUUGCUAAUAGGUGUAGCUAUACCCCAUUUUUUUUAACAAACGAGUACGUUCCACACAAACGCUGCAGUCACAUGGUAACGCAUUUAAUGGUCAAUUUCAAAUUAAGACCAGGCGUUGGCUCAAUCCCUACCAAUGACUCUCACUCUGUCAGUACCGCAAAUGUGUGAAAAAUAUACCCAGGACUCGUUUGUUUAAAAAAAAUACUACAGUAAUAUUAUUAUUCCAUUUAAUGAUUUUACAACAUAUUAAUUAGAAAAAUAUUAUUUUUAUUCACUUUUAGAGAAGUUAUUAUAGAUAGUUCAACUCAGAUUUGCGCGCGGCCCUAUGUGUGCGUCGGCUUGUAAAUAUACAACUUUCAUUCGUGUGACAGUGACGUCGUCCGAGCAUGACGUGUUCUUAUCACUUUUUCUUAUGGGUACAGUCGUUUACGAAAAUACUAGUUAUUCGCGGAGAAAUUAUUAAGGAGUCAGAUAAAGCGUUUCAAAAAAUAAAACGACAUUCAAAGCUUUUUAUUAUUAAAUACAGUUUUUCAUUAUUUUUUCAUACGUCUUUUCAAAUUGACAUUGACAGUAUCUAAGAAUUGAAUACUCCUUAAGUACAUAUUUUCUAGCUCGGGGUACGUGGACAAUAAAUAAAAGUGUGGACUAAGAAUGUAAAAAGAGGUAUAAUCUAGUAUAAUAAUGUAAAUAAAAUGUGUGGGGAAUUUUAAAAAGUUAUAUUGCUUCGCAUAAUGUCGACCAAAAUAACAAAAUAAUGAAACUGAUAAAUGAACCUUUAAGUCAAAUUGAUGAAGGGAUGUGGCGUAAUACUUGUCGACAUGUAGAAAAGAAAAAAGAAGAAUACUAUAGACAUUUUGACAUUGGAGUCAGAAUUUAUAAUUCUCCUUGGAGAGUAGCGAAUCCGAAAAUUCAUCAUUUGAUUUUUCAAAUAGCGAUUCAUAAUCAUUAUAAAUAAAUAAACAUUAAAUUACGUAAUAACUGUUUUUCUUUAAACCCCCGUAUACAACCCCUAAAUAACUGUAUUGUACCCGACUGUACCUCUUGUCACGCACACAAAGUUACUGUAUAUGUACAAGGGUUACCCACACAUAAGGCCGCGCGCACAACUGAGUUGAACUUACUAUAUAGAUGUGAAUGUUAUGAUUUAUUGUAAAUUGAAACAGCGGCACGAAUUUUUUAUUGUUAUGUAAUGUUUGUUAAAAAUUGUUUUCAAAAUAAUUAGUGAUAGCCAGGAGGUUUAUUCUAGCUUUGAAGUUACUUGGAUUAUUUUCUACCCCAAUUACGCCCGGCUUCGAUAAUUAGGUCAUAGAAACUACACGCACUACGCACACAACAAACUUAAUAAAAAGGGUGGCUAUCAAAAGGCCACCUACUGAAAUUGAUUUUCGAGAGUACAUCCCCAAAUUCUGUGCCGAUGUCUGUGAAUUUUAUUGUUUCAAUUAAGCUAUAGUUUUACAACAAAGAGCACCGUUUUAUUUAUAAAUUUUAAUUCUGUAAACUUCUAGAUUGUAAUCAUGAUUAUAUUUAUUAUUGUAAUGUAAUACUUGUUAACAAAAAGGACAUUUUAGAGAAAUAAAGGUAAUUCUAUGUUAAUAAACAUCUUGCGCAAAUGCCA